AUGGGCAUCGUUCGGCAGUAUAUGGAGGAGGAAGCUUCAUUGUGUCAUGGACAAGUAUUUUGUAUGCCUGGAAGACCGAAUCGCACGAUGGGGAUGAGACUAGUGGUAGGUGAUCUGCAAGAAGACGGUUUUAAUGUUGAUGCGAAGCGAUCCGCUGAAGAAAGACUUGAAGCAGUGGGGAAUUUUCACAGACCAGCAUGGCUUUUCGUUUGCCGACGACCCGUGAACGAGGCGAUGUGGGUCAUUUCCUCAGUUCACGUGGAAGAUGCAGCAGUUGAAUCAGAGCAAGCCACUGUGCCGAUCAAAAUGAGGAAAGCCGAAUUUGAAAUAUACAUGAGAGAAGACGUAACAGUUGAAUCAGAACAAGCCAUCCAGUUCGCUUCACUGAUGAAAAUUGAGGAAAGCGAAUCUAGAAUUUACUUGGGAGAAUACGUAGCAGUUGAACCUAAAUAA